GCCUUUCUGGUUUUUCCCCCAGCUAUUCCGCAGACCGAUGCGGGUGUCCUCGUGUUCACGUCCUCGCUGGCGUUUCCAAUUUGACGUUAUGUUUCUGCAGUUGAUACGCAGGCGUUGGCUUACGGUGCGCCGUAUCUGGAGAUGGCAAUGUUCAGCAUCAGUUGCUCCCAACCUUUUAUUCGUUGAUACGUUUUCUCUUGUGGCGGUUGCACUAAUUUUAUUGUUGUGGAAGGGAAAAUCAAAGCAAAGAUUAAGGAGGCUUUGUUUAAAACCAAGGUGCUUAAAACGAGUACUGUGGCUUAGUUCUACUGGACCUCCAGCUUAAUUUAUCUUUUCCUGCUUUACAUUGCAUUUUGUCAGCUGUUGUCAUUGCAUCUGGUUGAUGGAGACCAGUUCACAUUGAGUAUUAAUAGUUGUGGAACUGUGAGCUCAGUUCCUCUAAAUAGUCCUGGCUUGCAAGCAGAGCUGCUUGUUAUUAGCAAAGAGAUUACGAUUUUGGGUUUUUUUUAGAAUACUGUUUAAAUACUUGCAUAAUAGUAAACCUACACAUUAAAACAUGUAGAAUACAGAAAAUACAGCUGUAUCUUGUAAAGAGAGGAGACAGCUUAGGAGAGUGAACAGGCUCACAGUAUUCAAGAUGUCUCAAUAGCCUUAAGAAAAUGAGGUGUAAACAGAACAGGGUGUCAGACAAAAGGGUGAGAUUUAGGUUGAGGAGGUGCUGAACAGGAUGGUGAAGUCCUCCUUCGCUUGAAGCAUUUUCAGUGAGGCUGGUGAGGAGAGCCCCAAGACUACUUGGUGGUCAACUCUGUUGUCAUUUGUCUUUCUAAAGCCCAUGCCCGUCUGCACAGGGAGGUAGAAAGGUUUGAGAGGCAACAGGCAAAGCAUGAAAAAGGUGAAAAGGCCUUUUUGCAUAGUAAUUUUGAGAAGUACCUGUUUUCUGUACUAAUCUUCAGAUAAGGAACCUGCAGUCAUGUCCAGCUAUUUUAGAUCCUCUAAACCCAAAGGUAUAAUGGCUGUCCCACCAUCAUACAGUGACUUGGGAAAGUCUGCCAGGGAUGUAUUCAACAAGGGAUAUGGAUUUGGAAUGGUCAAGUUAGAGCUGAAGACCAAGUCUUCCAGUGGGGUGGAAUUCACUGCAACUGGUUCGUCCAACACAGACACAGGCAAGGCUUCAGGCAGUCUAGAGACCAAAUACAAGAUCAAAGACUAUGGACUUACAUUCACCCAGAAGUGGAACACAGACAACACGUUGGGAACAGAAGUUUCCAUGGAGGAUCAGUUGGCUGAAGGAUUGAAGGUGGCUCUUGACACUACAUUUGUACCAAACACAGGGAAGAAGAGCGGAAAGUUGAAGACCUCCUACAAAAGAGAAUAUGUAAAUCUAGGCUGCAACAUAGACGUUGAUCUCUCUGGACCAACCAUCUAUGGCUGGGCAGUGUUGGGCUAUGAAGGCUGGCUUGCUGGCUACCAGAUGGCUUUUGAUACAGCCAAGUCUAAGCUUUCACAAAAUAACUUUGCCUUGGGAUAUAAGGCAGGAGACUUUCAGCUGCACACUAAUGUGAAUGAUGGCACGGAGUUUGGUGGGUCUAUUUAUCAGAAGGUUAAUAAUAAGGUUGAGACAUCAGUCAAUCUUGCGUGGACUGCUGGCAGUAACAACACACGUUUUGGUAUUGCGGCUAAGUACCAACUGGAUGAGAAGACUUCCAUUGUGGCUAAAGUGAAUAAUGCCAGCCUGAUUGGAAUUGGUUACACUCAUGCCCUCCGACCUGGUGUAAAGCUGACCCUCUCAGGCUUGAUUGAUGGCAAGAAUUUCAGUGCUGGAGGUCACAAAGUUGGGCUGGGAUUUGAGCUGGAAGCUUAAUGCAGCUUUAAGUAAAACAAGAG